UGGACUUGACUUUUGUUGGACCUUUGCUUUCUUCGACGACUUCAACAUGUCCACAGUGAGGCUGCUCCUAUCGUGUCUGCUUUUGAAAGAGGUUGUUGCACUGUCAGGAAACUUCUGGCACAUCACGGAUCUGCACUGGGACGAAACGUACAAUCUGACCGAUAAUCCUCAACUUGUGUGCGCAUCAAGUGGCCAACGACCCGCAGCCAAUGCUGGGAAAUAUGGAGACUACGCUUGUGACUCGCCAUGGCUCCUUAUAAACUCCUCUGUGUAUGCCAUGAAGGAUAUUCUACCUGACCCGGACUUCAUUGUAUGGACAGGAGAUGGAACACCACAUGUUCCCAACGAGGAUCUGGGAGAAGAAGCUGUGCUCAACAUUAUGCGCAAACUUACCCACAUUAUAAACCAAGUGUUUCCAAACACUAAAGUGUACCCUGCCCUGGGCAACCAUGACUACCACCCCAAGCACCAGCUUCCUGCAGGCCCAAACAAAAUCUAUAAGCAGACAGCUGAAAUGUGGCAGAAGUGGUUGGAUCCAGAGUCCAGAGGAACAUUUAACAAAGGUGGAUAUUACACAGAAAAGCUGCUGAAUCGAACAGGUUUCAGGAUGCUGGUCCUCAACACUAAUCUCUACUAUAACCAGAACAAGCUGACCAAGGGCAUAGACGACCCAGCGGGCCAGUUUAGCUGGGCGAACCAGGUUCUCACAGAGGCCGCCAUCAACAAAGAAAAGGUGUACAUCAUUGGCCACGUUCCCCCGGGUUUCUUUGAGAAGAAGAGGAGUACGAAGUGGUUCAUGCCUAAAUUCAACGAGCUAUACUUGGACUUAAUUCAGAAACACCAUUCAGUCAUACUUGGACAGUUCUUUGGCCAUCAUCAUACCGAUUCUUUCCGGAUGUUUUACAACUCAAAGGGCUCUCCUAUCAGUGCGAUGUUCCUCAGCCCAGGUGUCACACCGUGGAAAACAACACUUCCAGGAGUCGUGGAUGGAGCAAACAACCCUGGGAUACGUGUUUUUGAAUAUGACACCCAAACCCUUCUGGUCAAAGAUGUGGUGACACAUUAUCUGAACCUGACUCACGCUAACGCCGCCCAUGGACGCUGGGAGAAGGAGUACCGCCUCACAGAGAGCUUCAGAGUACCAGACGCCUCCCCCGCCUCAAUGCAUCAGGCUCUGGAGCGCAUCGCUAACCACCACUGCUACCUACAAAAGUACUACGAGUUCAACUCAGUCAACUAUGACCUGACAGAGUGUGACAGUGACUGCCGCAUUGACCAUGUGUGUGCAACCAGAGAGGUAGACUUUACCAAAUAUGAAGGCUGUCUGCUAAAGGAAGGGGCAGUUGCCAUUUCCAGUGGGUUACUGCCGGUCCUCUCUGUGGCUGUAAGUCUGGUGCUGGCCAAUCGGUAAUGAUGGUCAAUCUAUCAAAGGCGAUGUUUGAAAUAUAUAAUUGACGCUUGAUGGAGUCAUUGGAUAGACCAACCCAAGCUCAAGAACAUGAUUAUUGCUGUCACGUAAAUAUUCAACAGUUAACAUCAUAGGAUGUGUUUAUCAUGUUUUUUAAUCAUACAACAUCUAUACUUUAGGUGAGUCAAGCACUACAUGUACUUGGAGCAGAGAAAAAUCAACCUUUGGCUCUUUGGUAUGGCUUCUUGAGCUUGUUUUUAUUGGUGCUGGGUGAAUACUACAUUUCCAGUCAAUAGAAAACCAUACCAGU